ACAGGAAGUCAGUGCUCGCAGCUGCUCCAAUCAAAGCGCAAGUGUCCCCCCCCCCCCCCCCCCGCGGCCCUAGUCACUGGCAGGAACCAGAAGCUGAUUGGCCAUCGCCAGAGUGACAUCGCUGUCUGUAGCCUGAGGUCACCAACAAACACCCACACCGGCUGCAUAGGAAGCUAUCGCUCUAGCCACUUCCUGCCAGAGGAUCCAAUGCUUGCUCUCUCUCCCUUUCUGACAGCCUGCUUACGUGACUACCAUGGCGAUCUGUAGCUUCUUCCUGCAGGGUCGCUGUAGGUAUGGAGAGAAGUGUUGGAAUGAACACCCGAGAGGCGGCAGCAGCCGGUAUCAGUCUCAGAACCGAUACCAAGAACCACCAGGUAAUGCUAAGGGCACUUGGGGCUCAUCAUCUCAGAGAUAUGUGCAACCGUCUAGCUUUUCCAGAUCCACAACAUGGGUCAAUAGGGACAAUGAAAAGCCUUCAUCAGGAUCUCAUUCUGGAUUUGACAACAGAAAUGUUAAAUUUACGGCUGCCACAGGAUUCCCUUCGUCUCAAAACCGCUUUGCUGCUUUAAGCUCACAAGACAAUUCCAGAGAUGCUCAGACAGACAAAGGGAAUAUUAUAGAUGACAUCACAAACGAUAUGGAGAUCUGGGAAUCUUCAGGACAAUGGAUGUUUUCGGUUUACUCCAUGUUAAGAGAGAAGAAAAAUAUCUCAGGAUUUGCAGACUUCUCCCCUGAGGAGCUGCGUCUUGAAUACUAUGCUUGCCAGGCUGAAGGAAAUCCUCUGAAAUAUAUUAAUGCUGUUCAGCAAUUGGGAAGCAAAUGGAAACAAAGGAUACUUGAACUAAAAAACCUGAAUCCAUCAUCAAAAAUGGCUCUGUUUAAUGAAUUGAGUAGUCCAUCAUCUGAUAUGACUUCAGGUUAUAAUGGACAACAAAAACCUGCCUUUGGUUCUUCAAGUUUCCCUACAAACAACACAGCCCCAACAGCAGCCACAUUCAGCUUUAAGGCAGAUGCAGCAAAUGCUGCUAAAGCUGGUGCAACAAAUUCCUUAGCUGGAUCAAAUGUUCCUGCAUUUGGAAACAAACCCACCAGUGCACCAAGUUUUGGAAGUGGAGGGGCAGCCACAGCAGCUUCAUUUAGUUUUGCUCCAUCUUCAUCAUCUAACUUUGGCGCCACAACAUCUACAUCUGGCUUUGGGAAUGCUUCAAAUACAGCUAGUUUUCAGGGGACAGCUAAUAGUGCAGCAGCGCCUGCUUUUGGCGUGGCCUCCAGCUCUACAGCGGCCACUGGAUUUGGGGGAGGGUUUAGCACAACAGGAGCUAUGAACACUGGCGUUCGGGAUCUUUUUAGUGCUGGCACUGUGGGUCCUGGACCUGUUACCUCACUAUUUGUGCAAACUACUGGGCCCUUACAUGCAACUGCAAGUUCCACCUCACUGGAUGGACAGUCUUUCAGGCCAUCAGCUUUGAAUACAACCAAUUCUUUAUUUACACCACAAAAUGAACUUUCUGCGGAAGAACUUGCACAGUUUAAAGCUCAGCGAUUUACACUGGGAAAGAUUCCUCUGAAACCACCACCAGCUGAUCUUCUUAAUGUUUCAUAAUACAUGUAUUGGUCCCUAUAUAUUCCUGCUGACUUUUUAUACAAAUCUGAUAUUUGUGAAUAGAUUUCUAAACCUGGAAAUGUGUGUAUUAAUAUGUUAAUUAAAUAAGUUCCCUGCUGUUUUACUAUA